CUACGAGUGUCCAAUAGUAGAAGGCUAGAAGCUAUUUGUUGAUCGAUCUCAGUUCGAAAAUCAUCUUUCUUCUUCCUCAAUCACACACUAUUUUAUUUGCUUUUUAAAUAAAAAAAAUUCGUGCACCUUUCAGUUCUUGCUAAAGUUGAGCCUCAUAAAUCCCCAGGUUUUCCAUGAUCUUCAAUUGCAGUGGGUCCUCAUUUCUUAACAAACGUGUUUAUGUUCAGCAUUGAAGUUUCUCUCUCCUACAUCCCUACUUUUCUUCUUCACCAUUUCCAAGUUCACACAAUUUUUCUCCUCAAAUCUUCAAACAUUGCCUUUUUUCAUCUAAUUCAGUACUAAUCACAAUUUCAACUAUUGGGUUCACUUCAAAUUUCAUUCUCCUGAAUUGGGUGGCUGGUUUUCUACUUCAUAACCUGGAUUUCUUCAGUCACGCAUUUUGUCGAACACAUAGAUGGCGUCUCUAAAUUCAUUCCCUUUUACCAUUGAGAAGAGAUGUUUUCUCCAUAAUUCACAUGGGUCUCAAACUCUGGGAUGUCAAAGACGAAAGCCUUUAGAUGGAGGCGGUUUCUUGAAAUUUAUGGACCAUAAUGAUAAUUAUAUUCAUGGAAUAUCAUCAUUGUGCUGUGUGAAAUCAGUGAGUGGGUGCAGAAGAAGAGAUCUAAGGAGAAUUAAUCUUUUGAAGGCGAUUUCGGAUGAUUCGGGUGAAGCUGAAGAUAACAAAGAGACUGAAGAUGCCAUUCAGGCUACAAUUGAGAAGAGCAAUAAGGUUUUAGCUAUGCAGAAAGAGCUACUUCAACAGAUUGCCGAAAGGAAGAAGCUAGUUUCAUCUAUUAAAAGUAGUAUAGUCAACCGUGAUGGCGAACCCUUCGCGAACGAUAAUGACAACUCGUCUCCAAAGGUUGAUCUUGGCCCAAAUCAGACACAUGUCAAUACUGAGCACAACAGUGGUGCUGUUUCUGCAAGGAACAUUCAUUCUGUUUCUAGCAAGGUUAGUAAAGAACAACUGCCUAUCCCUGUAAAUUCACGUGACGAGCGAAGAGAACAGGUAAAAUCGUCAUUGAAAACUAUAAACUUAGAUACCUCUAUGCAAAAACAAGUCCCUACUGGGACACCAGAAAAGCCUCCCACUAAGUCUGAUGGAAGCUCAAGUGAUGGUAAAAGAGAAAUCGCCGAAAGGUUGUCCCAUGGAAGAACUGCCUAUGGUGUGGAUACGUCAAGGACAACUAAAGAAACCACUAUGCUGCCAAAUUUUUUGCCAAGGACUUACAAAUCUUCUAGCAUUAAGGAUGAAAAGGUUAAGCAGUUGGAAGAUGAUGAGCUGGUGAAUGACCCUGUUGGUGAAGAUGCAAAGCCACCUCCUCUUGCCGGGGCAAAUGUGAUGAAUGUCAUCUUGGUCGCUGCAGAAUGUGCACCCUGGUGUAAAACAGGUGGGCUUGGAGAUGUUGCUGGGUCCUUGCCAAAAGCUUUAGCUCGGCGUGGGCAUCGAGUGAUGGUGGUGACACCUCGAUAUGGAGACUACGCUGAAACUCAAGAUACAGGUGUGAGGAAAAGAUAUCGGGUUGAUGGCCAGGAUGUAGAAGUAUGUUACUUCCAAACAUAUAUUGAUGGUGUGGACUUCGUAUUCAUUGACGCCCCAUUUUUUCGCCAUCUUGGGAAGGAUAUAUAUGGAGGAAGUAGGCUGGACAUUCUGAAACGUAUGAUUUUGUUCUGCAAGGCUGCUGUUGAGGUUCCUUGGCAUGUCCCUUGUGGAGGCGUGUGCUACGGCGACGGAAAUCUGGUCUUUAUUGCAAAUGAUUGGCAUACUGCACUGCUACCAGUGUAUCUGAAGGCAUAUUAUCGUGACCAGGGGUUGAUGAAGUACACACGAUCACUCCUUGUCAUCCACAAUAUAGCACAUCAGGGCCGUGGUCCUGUAGAUGACUUCUCUUAUGUGGAUCUUCCGUCACACUACCUUGACUACUUCAAGUUGUUUGACCCAGUUGGUGGAGAGCAUUUUAAUAUCUUUGCUGGCGGUCUCAGGGCUGCUGAUCGUAUUGUUACUGUUAGUCAUGGAUAUGCCUGGGAGCUGAAAACGCAGGAGGGUGGUUGGGGUUUGCAUGACAUCAUUAACGAGAGCGAUUGGAAAAUGAGAGGCAUAGUGAAUGGAAUUGACGUGACAGAGUGGAACCCGCAAUUGGAUGUUCAUCUACAAUCUGACGGCUACACUAACUAUUCCCUCAAGACACUUAAACCUGGCAAAGCACAGUGCAAGGCAGCUUUACAGAAGGAGCUUGGUUUGCCUAUUCGAGAGGAUGUUCCAUUGAUGGGUUUCAUUGGGAGGCUAGAUGAUCAGAAAGGUGUUGAUAUCAUAGCAGAGUCCAUUCCAUGGUUAAUGGGCCUAGAUGUGCAGCUUGUCAUGUUGGGCACAGGGAGGCCCGAUUUGGAACAGUUGCUUCGGCAGUUUGAGAGCCAAUACCAUGAUAAAAUAAGGGGAUGGGUUGGUUUUUCAGUGAAGAUGGCCCACCGGAUCACAGCUGGAGCAGAUAUUUUACUCAUGCCUUCAAGAUUUGAGCCUUGUGGGCUUAACCAGUUAUAUGCGAUGAACUAUGGUACUAUUCCAGUUGUUCAUGCUGUUGGGGGGCUGAGAGAUACUGUGCAACCUUUUGACCCAUACAACAACACGGGCCUUGGCUGGACAUUUGAUCGGGCUGAAGCUCAUCGCCUGAUCCAUGCCUUAGGAAACUGUUUAUUGACAUUCCGUCAGUAUAAGGAUAGUUGGGAAGCUCUCCAAACACGAGGGAUGACGCAAGAUCUUAGUUGGGACCAUGCCGCCGGGAUUUAUGAGGAAGUUCUUGUUGCUGCCAAGUACCAGUGGUGAAUUCUUCGAUUGGUACUGUGAGUAUACUUCUAGUUUGGUCCAGGUUCUCUGCCAUCAUUCCGGAGGCAAAGGCGAAUCUUUCCGUAUAUCAAGGAGCUUGAAUAUGAAUUUUUGAGUAAAUAUUUUCUGGUUAAUAUUUGAGCUCCUUGUCUGUCUCUGUUUGCCAUUUUUUUUCUAUUUAAUCUUAAGGCACUGCAAAAUUGUAGGUGGUAGCGGUAGACGCAAAUAGCGGAUGUAUGGUCAGUAGCCAGUUGUAGAACUAACAUCAUAUAGCAGAACAUAUAAUCCAGUUGAUUAGAUCUACUGCUGGUCUUUGUUAGUUGCUUCGCUUCUUCUAUGGAUCAAUUGUAUAUUUGUAAUGAUAUCGGUAUAUGUUACAAGAGUCUAUUUUUAUUAUUUUAAA